CGGAGUUUGGAUCGAUGUCUGUGGAUGAUCUGGACACUUCUGUCUGUUUUGUUCGUAUGUUGGCGCAAAUUUAGUUCCGGAACAGAUCGCGUGUGCGCAUUAAUAGCGGUGUGUAGCUGGGAGUUAGUGAGCAUACAUAUGCGAUACCGUCAUAAAAGUUUUGUCCCCAACCAAGGUUUGGGAUAAAAUGGAACACACUUCCGUACGUGCCCAGAAAAUCGGAAAUUGAACGAUCUGUUGCAGUCAAACGUUUGACUAAAACUGUGAGAGCAAAUCAUCGAUGGUGUGGGAUGAACAAAGUUGAGAAGAAAACUAGAAACUAGAAGUGCAUCAAUAUCAAAACACCCACGGUUAGUGAACGUUGCUGCACGGCGCAUCGCGUGCGGAGAAAAAUCAAACCGCAGAGGUGAACAGACGCGUGCCGGAGGUUGACUGUAAAAGUUGUCCGUCGUCGCGGGUUGCUGCUUACAGCAUGAACGGGAUCAAGAUCAAGUCUGCUUCUGCUCUCUUCACGAAGUGUUAAUUAAAUGAAAGGGAAAAUUGUGUACAUGAUCAUACGCUUGUGAUAGAAAAAGUUGAGCUCCUGUGAAGAACAAAAUGUUGAUUUUUGAAUCUUGAUGUAGUUUUUUUUCAAAAUAUCAUUCGAUAGUUCACUCCAGUACAACGUGAUCAAAUAUGUGAAUAGUGGGAGAGUGUCAAAUAAGAAGGAAACCAUCUAUAAUUAGUAAUUAGUAAUUACUCGGCCGAUCAAACCAAACAGUGUCAGAUUGGAGCCAAAUGAAACGAUUAAACCGUGAGAGGCUGGUUUCACGACGAAAAAAGAAAACCGAGGAAAACUAAUCGAUCAACAAAUUUAUUCGACAACUCCCAAGAUACAGAGAGAGAGAGGAGAUAGAAAAACCUGUUGAGCCGACCGCAGCGAAGAAACGCAAACUGACCAAUUGAGAGGAAGGAAAGCGACGAAAAAAUAUGAUAGCCGGAAUGAAUCUAUUAAUACUAUUCGCUGCGCCCGCGCUGUUGACUUUCACUGGAAGCGUACACGCUAGCAACCUGGUUGAGCGCAGUCUGAAAAACACAGUUCCUUGCUUCGAGGAUGGGCGAUUUUACAGAAAUCCCGAACGACCUGUUCACAAGAUGUGGAGCAACACAGAAUGCGCCAAGUAUUAUCUUUGCUUGGAUGGGGAAGUGUUCGAAUUUAAAUGUUCCACGGGUUUGCUGUUCGAUGUGAGUCGUCAAAUUUGCGAUUACAAGCAGAACGUGGAGAACUGUGAUGUUACGGCAGAGGCUCGUGUCCCCAAGCCGCUGCUGGACGACGCACAGUGUGAAGAACGAUCGCAACUAGGGUGCGGCGAUGGAACCUGUCUUCCCAACGAAUACUUUUGCGAUGGUUCUGUCGACUGUGCGGAUGGUUCGGACGAAGGCUGGUGCGACGUGGAGAAUGACCCCAACGCAGCAGAUCCUUGCGAUCUCUCGGUAUGCAUGCUGCCGGAUUGUUUCUGCUCCAAGGAUGGAACAGCCAUUCCAUCCCGAUUGGAACGAACCCAAACACCCCAGAUGAUCCUGCUGACGUUCGACGAUGCAAUAAAUUUCGAGAACUGGGAACUCUACACGAAGAAAAUUUUUACACCACAGCGAAAAAAUCCCAACGGCUGUCCGAUUAAGGCAACGUUUUUCAUCUCCCAUCAGUACACGAACUAUCAGCAGGUGCAGAAGAUGUGGAAUCAAGAUCACGAAAUUGCAAUCCACUCGAUCACUCACCGAGGACCGGAGGAGUGGUGGUCCCGGAACGCAACCAUCGAGGAUUGGUUCGAUGAAAUGGUUGGUCAGGCGAACAUUAUAAACCGAUUCUCGAAUGUACGAAUGGAAGAGCUUCGUGGUAUGCGGGUACCAUUUUUGCGGGUCGGUUGGAACCGACAAUUUCUCAUGAUGAAGGAGUUUGGAUUCGUGUACGAUUCAUCCAUGGUUGCACCCUUCUCGAAUCCCCCGCUCUGGCCGUAUACUUUGGAUUACAAAAUGCCGCACGCUUGCAGUGGCAGUAAUCAAUUGUGUCCGUCCAGGAGCUACCCCGGAGUCUGGGAAAUGGUCAUGAACCAGUUGGAAGCCGGGGAGUAUACUUGCGGAAUGGUUGACACGUGUCCUCCCAAUAUGAGCGGCGAGGAUGUGUACAAAAUGUUUAUGCACAAUUUCAAGCGGCAUUACCAUUCGAACCGGGCGCCUUAUGGUUUGUAUUUCCACUCCACUUGGUUCCGAAAGCAAGAGUACCUGGAUGCUUUCCUGAAAUUCUUGGACGACAUGCAAAAACAUCCGGAUGUUUACUUCGUGACCAACCACCAAGCAAUCGAGUGGAUCCGCAGCCCAACGCCACUGAAUCAACUCGGUCACUUCGAACCGUGGCAUUGUGAGCCAAAGCAGUUGGAACCGAAUGAAAUCGCAUGCAGUCUACCCCACACCUGCAAGCUACACAGUCGAGUGCUUCAACAAGAUCGUUACCUUUUCACGUGUAACGAGUGUCCCGUUCAGUACCCCUGGAUACGGAACGAGUUUGGCUUGGAUUAAAGAGGUUGAACAAACAGUUGUAUUCUCAUGUUGAGCUUGAGUUAAUUAGCCGUGAUUGUUGUUAACAAAUUUGCAUUUUUCCAUAGAGCAAAUUUUCGUUGGUCUCAUAAACCCUUUACGUCUGUUAUUUGGGGAUCCCAAUACUGUUAUGCUAAUGCAGCAACAAAAAUGUUUGGUAUAGAUCUCAUAAUUGUUAUUCAAGAAAUAAAAUUCUAUCGCGUUGAAGCAAUGUUUGAAGUUUUGUUAGAUGUUUAUGAGACUUAGAUUGUUUGGUUACAUUUAUUUGUUACAAUUAUUAACUUAUGCAAAGUAGUAUUAGUCGUAGGAAUAGUUUGAAAUUAAGGUGCCAGAAAUCGUCGAAAAGCUGUUAGAAAAAGCAGUUAUAUUUGGACAAUAAUAACAAAUUGUUAUUGAAAAUACUUUUCCCAUUAGAUAAAUAGGAAACCAUCAAAAUAAAGUGAUACAAUUGAUAUUGUAUUUCAUUGGAAAAUUUGACUGCAAAAUUACAGAGUAAUAAAUUAGAUU